AUGUUGAUUUUGCUAUACUCUGAGCCAGACUUCCACGGGGAGUGUCAUGUCUGUGACCAGAACCAGGAGGCGCUGUCUGACAAAAUCCUGACCAAGUCCUGCAGAGUGAUAGGAGGAAGCUGGGUGCUCUAUGAGGGUAAACAGCACACUGGAGACCUGUAUGUCCUGUCAGAAGGAGAGUACCCCAACUUCGUCAGCAUGGGCUGUGCAUCCAGCUGCACCAUCCGCUCCCUCCAGGCGGUGCCAAUGAUGUUCUCAAUUCCCUCCAUCUCUCUGUUCGGUCUGGAGUGUAUGGAGGGCAGGGAAAUCACCACAGAUAUGGAGGUCAUUAACUUGGUGGAGGAAGGUUUCAACAACCACAUCCUUUCUGUCAGGAUCAAUAGCGGCUGUUGGGUGAUUUGUGAACAUAGUAACUACAGGGGGCGCCAGUUCCUGUUGGAACCCAUUGAAAUCACCAACUGGCCCAAAUUCAGCUCGCUACAGACGAUUGGUUCAAUGUACCCAGUCAGACAGAGACGGCGUUUUUUCCGUAUCAGGAACAAGGAGCGAGGACACUUCCUGUCCAUCCAGGGUGGAGUGGAGGAGAUGAAGACGGGACGGGUGGUGGUGAUGCCACAGGUGGAGGCUAUGAGUGACAUAUGGUUCUACCAGGAUGGACUAAUCAAAAACAGGAUAUCCCCAACGAUGAGCCUUCAGGUGAUGGGAAACAUAGAGCCAGCUGCCAAGGUGGUGCUGUGGUCAGAGACCCGCCAGCCCAUCCAGACCUGGAAGGCCCAGAUGAGAGGCUCCAUCAUCAGCCUCACUUUCCCUGGCAUGGUCCUGGAUGUCAAAGGUGGUAAAACAUAUGACAAGGACCAUGUGGUGGUUAUGCCAGAGAGUGAAGAGAGGCCCAGCCAACAGUGGGAGCUUGAACUGCUGUAA